AUGGCUGACACAGGGAAGCCUGCCCCGGAGGACCUGCACGUCGAAACAACUGACGAAGGCCUGAGCCAUCUACACAAUGCUGGGCUUCAUGACAAGGCGCUGGCCAACGCUGCACUGGAGGCUACGGUGCAAGAACACAACAUCGGAGUGUUCCAGGCCUUCAAGACGUACAAACGGGCCGCAUUCUGGUCCAUACUCAUAUCGACGACGGUAAUCAUGGAGGGCUACGAUGUCACCCUCUUGAGCUCGUUCUAUGGUUAUCCUAGCUUCAGAGAGAAAUAUGGAGAUUGGUUGGACGACACGAACGGAUAUCAAAUCUCAGCAGACUGGCAACAGCGGUUCAACUGCCUUGGCGCGUUGGCCAACAUUAUCGGCGCGAUCAUGAACGGAUGGGCAACUGCUAAAUGGGGCCACCGCAAAGUUCUCAUGGUAAGCCUUGUCUUCUUGACAGGCUUCAUCUUCAUCGUGUUCUUCGCCCCGUCCAUUGAAGUCAUGCUGGCCGGCCAGUUUCUGUGCAACAUUCCUUGGGGAGUGUUCGCCACGACUGGUCCUGCAUACGCUGCCGAGGUAACGCCACUCGCCAUUCGCGGAUACUUGACGGCCUACGUCAAUCUUUGCUGGUGCAUUGGACAGUUCAUCUCAGCGGGCGUCUUGAAGGGCCUCGUUGACAACCCUACGCAGUGGAGCUACAAGGUGCCGUUCGCGAUCCAGUGGAUAUGGCCCGUCCCCUUAUUCCUGGCUGCCUGGUUUGCACCAGAGUCACCAUGGUACCUCGUGCGACAAGGCCAACUGGAGAAAGCCAAGCACUCUCUCGCACGGCUCUCGGAACCUGAACAUCAAGUCGAUCUUGACGCCACAAUUGCCAUGAUGGUUCACACGGACAAGCUGGAGAUCCAGGAGCGAGAAGGCGUCAGCUACUGGGAUGCAUUCCGUGGGACCAAUCGCCGUCGAACCGAGAUCGCUUGCAUGGGGUUUCUAUCUCAAAUAACGAACGGCGGUGCGCUGUGCUAUAGCGGAUCGUUCUUCUUCCAGCAAACUGGCAUAUCAGCUAGUGCCUCCUAUGGGAUCAGUCUGGGCGGAACCGGAAUCGCUUUUGUUGGCACUCUUAUCUCCUGGUUCUACAUCUACCGAUGGGGCCGAAGAACGAUCUGGCUGGUUGGGUUUUCUAUUCUUGUCGUCAUCCUUUGGAUCAUAGGGUUCUUGGCUUUGCCAACUCAGACCAAAGGCUUAGCCUGGGGCCAGUCCCUUCUCUGCAUCGUCUGGCUAGGGGCGUACUCCAUGUCGGUCGGACCCAUCAUCUACACCCUCGUGGCGGAAAUCGGAUCGACCCGCCUUCGAACGCAAACUGUGGUGUUGGCCCGCAGCACUUACUAUGUCGGCAACAUCAUCUGUGGUGGACUGAUUCAACCCAAGCUGAUCUCCCCUGGAGCAUGGAACGCCAAGGGCAAGACAGCAUUCUUCUGGGCGGUACUCGCCACCCUCACUCUGGUCUGGGGCUACUUUAGGCUGUUUGAGACCAAAGAUCGAACAUUUGGAGAGAUGGAUCACAUGUUCCAGAAAAACGUUUCGGCACGGCAGUCCUCAAAGUACAAGAUAAACGAAGACGAGGUGUAUGCUGCGGAAGAGAUGGAACAGAAGUAA